AUGGAGGGAAGUCGUGAGAAGCCCAACAAGUCCCUGUCGAGCUGGAAUAAUGCUGAGUCAGUGAAUCCAGAUCGCCCGUUUUCGGCUAUGGGCAGUGCAGUGUUUCAUUUGGAUUCAUCAGCACCACAGAUGACAUCACCGAGCUCUUCGCACCGUCAUCCCCCGUCGACUGCAGGGGCUGUGCCUAACAGAAGUACUGGAGGUGUAAUAGAGGGUGAAUUUGACGUGAGAAAGUUCCUGCUGGAUCAGAAAAGCUCUCAACCUUUUCACAAAAGUUCACUAUUCCGUGUGUCUACGUUUGCUAAGCAAGUGGCGUCAAUGGAGCCUGAAUCAUCGAAUCAAAGUACGCGCUCGAAGCUUAAGAGAGUCGUACUGCCUCGGAUGGAAUUAGGAUCUUCUAAAUCUACGGGGAAUCUACCUGGUACUAAACCAAGAUCUCGAACAUCCAGAAACCAGUCGGAUUGCGAAGAUAAUCCCUCGAUUUCGCACUAUUAUUCCAUUGAGAAGAUGUCGGCGAGCUGCUUCCACGCGACACAGAACAAGAACAAGACGUGGCUGUUUCUACCAGGUUCAGACGAGCGAUCUAAGACUAGCAAAGGAGGGGGUAAAAGCAGCAUUACCGGCGUCGAUAGGCCGUCCAGGAGAGUUGAUGUAUUGGACUUGGAGAGAUGUUUUGAUACGGCUAUCCAGUUUGCAAGCAAGAACAAACACAUGGACGUCGCUUGUGAAGAAAAACUGUCCAUGCUUGAUCAGGAUUUCAUGGCUAUUUACGCUCGAAUCAUCCAGCGAUACGGCUCAGCAGCAUCCAGCGAAAGCUCGAGUGACAGUCGCAAAAUUCUGACCAAAUUACUUUUUGAGCAAAAAUGGUCCGAUGUGGUCAUAGGCGAAUUGGAGUCUAUGCUCACGGUCUCUUUCCUGGAGCAGGGUGUGGUUCUUCGCAAGGCUCGUAUAUUGUAUGCUAACGCGUUUUUCCAGCUGGAAAAUCUCUACAAAUCUCAAUGGCAGGACCUCAUUCAAGAGAAGGAAGAGGUGGAAUAUCUUCGAGAAGAAGUUCGCAGAUCGGAUGAACACCACAAGCAAGACGCUCAAAGUAUGAAGGAGCGAUACGAGACGGAAAUUGACAAGUUAAAGACUACUUUUGAGAGCGAAAAGAGUGAUAUGGAGCGGCGAUUGGCCGACUCGAAGGAGCAAAUAACGAAAAUGGGUGAUGCAAUGAAGACGCUAAAUGCGAUUUUUAGACAAAUGCGCGAAGAUACGGAGAAGGUGAAAGCUGUGGAGCUGCGUGAGAAUUACGGCAGACUCGAGCACAAAUACGAACAGUGUCGAGAGGAGAUUGAACAAUUGCGUCCAGUGAUUCAGGAAAAGCAGCAACUUCAGAGUAAAUUUGACGAACUUAGUCGAGAUCGAGAUGCACUCAAAGACCAAAUCACAGAAUUGACGAAUUUAGUACAUACGAAAGACACCGUAAUUGCGUCUCUAAUGGAGCAGCAAAGCAACCUAAUUGCAGCCCAAGAGCUCAAAGCUGCUCGAGAAGAGGAAAUGCGCCGACAAGCAGAAGAAGAAAAAGAAGACGAGCGAGAUGGCGCACUAACUAUAACGAGAGACUCUAACGGUCCAGCUACUGGAGUCUGCGUUCGAUGUAAGCAAGAUUUACGGACAAUAUCUGCAAAUGAAGGGAAGGCGGAUGGAAAUAAAGGACCAGAAAGCACUAAUUCUCCGGUGACUAACGAGACUGAAGCUUUUAAGAUCCCAAAGAAGAGGCGUAUUCAAUGUCUGUACUUCCGUAUUUUACUACCAAAUCUCGGUGGUCGUCGACCACAACGUGAGAUUUCCUGGACGCUCAGCUGCAUGAGAUCCAUCCUGUUCGCCAAACAAAUCGACGAUUCUAUGUGUAAACGCACGGCUGGAUUGUUCCCGCUGCGUAUUCGCAUGCCUGAGUUUGUAUACGCGUGGUUUGCACCGUGGAAAUCCUUGAAAGAAGAAAAAUCUAUUGCCGGAGUUGAGAGUUUAGAUGGAGACGCAGAGGCAGACAUUAUCGACGAUCCAAAUGACCCAGACGCAUCGCAACAGCAACAUAUUCAAGCCAACGAAGACCGUUGGUGUCUGUACUACGGCGUGCGAUCAUUAGUACAGCAGGGAUAUUUGGAGGCAAAACUGUUUUUGUCACUUCUUGACGAGAAAUUUGGGGAAGAUGAACAAGUUUUCAUGCUGCAUUGCUAUCGAGUACUGGACGUAUUACUCGAAGGUCGUAUGAAUUGGGGUCCAUUGCGUGAUAAAUUGUCGUACGAAGUGUUUGCUCGAGAAUAUGCCGCUCUCAUUGGUGAUAGUUCUGCAACUGCUGAGACUUCAGUGCCGCCUCGGAUGCGAGUUCCGAAGACUAUUUGGAUCUCUCGGUAUCAUGCCUCGCUUGCUACUAGUGUAGUCCUCUCCAAAGCCACAGAAACUGAGCGAGAAGCACUUGAUAAUAAGAUUUUAGAGUACGUGGUUACAAACGUCCCUGAAGACGAGAGGCCUGAAAUUUACCUGGAACCGAAGAUUCAAUCAGAAGAAGCGAAUACGCAGAAGCGACCCAAAUCUGGUCGAUGUGGGGAAAUAAAUGACGAAACCAUCGAUGGUAAUUUACAAGAGCCGCUACACUUUGUGGAUGCGAAUCUGUGGGUGGAGCUCAUGAUGCUUGAGUACAAGGAAGAGCAAGCUCAUCGUCGAGCUGCUAUUCGUCUAAUGUUCCAGACAGCGACAUCGGCGGCAGCAGCAGCGUCCGAUUCAGUAGCGGAGAUGUCGUUGUCAGCGAUGUUGGGUAUAAAUUACGCAUCGAUGGACAUGGAGCAGUUCCGGGCAAUGGUCCACACCCUAAACGACGAGAUCCCGUCGUUUAUGGUAGCCACUUUAUUUCGAAACGCGUAUACUCGAGGUAAUGGUACAGUCAACUUCGAUUCAUUUAUGGACGCAGCAGAGGCGGCUCAAUUCUUCUCGACGUGCAUGCGACUCGAGAGUCCCAGCUCCGUUGUUUCGAGAAUAUUUGGCCACCCGUUCUCUCGUUCUCCUGUGCUGAUGACGCCAAGUUCUCGAGCUGCAUUUAUUGUGAGCAGAUUUUUCGCAAUUUUAGGUAAUGACAUCAGCAGCACAAUUGAGCAAUUGCCCCUCUGGACCCGCAGUAUGACCGACUCGCUUGCGUAUGAGAUUUCGUCAACACUGCUUGAAGGUGGCUAUAGUGACGGAAUUCGGCUACUGACGUUGUUCCAGAGACUUAUCGACAACCUUGGUGUGGCAAAGUUAAUACGACGAGAAACUACUGGUUGUCUGUUUAGCUCCAGCGAUUUGCACAACAUUGAGAAGGCUUUGACCGGGUUGCUGGACUUCGCUCGCCAGCGAGAAAAAUCAUCUGUGGAGCUAUUGAUCGAUGCUGUUAGGCAGAAAUUGAGUGUGAGGCGAGUACAAAUGAAGUUCCGCAGGCGGUUGAAGCAGGAUCAGGGUGCGCCAUUAGUGAUGCGAACGCUAAUGCACCGACGUUACGGUAGUGGCCCUCUAAAUUACAGACAGCGGAGAGCAGAACGGCCGGUGAUCUGGUUACGACUGGUAAUUUCGUUAAUUUUGCGUCAGUCGAUGCAGUCCACACACAUAUCUGUUGUCCUAGGAGAGCUGAGCAGUAUCAGUGGUGCAUUUCAUGCUGGACGAUCGUCACCACUUCAGUUAACCGUCUCAAGUUCUCUAAAUGGAGGGAUCGGCCCCACGCCCAAACCAGUUUUCGUUGAGCUUAUUUACGACUUUUUUCUAGAGAGACUCGGUGCUCGUUGUGAAGCUGAACGAAUGAUUCACGAUGUGUUCGCAAAUUGCAGGUCUCUCGUACGGACGGAUUCUCUGGCUUUGCUGUUUAGUCACCUCUGUUGCAUGAGUAACUCGUGUCCCGAGGAUAGACUACUGGGCCAAAACGAAGCAUUAGCCUUCCUACACGCAAUUUUUCGUUGUGGACUGCACAGCUUUCGAAUCAUCAACCCCAGCGGUGAACUCCAAAGCGAUGCAGACACUUCUCCAGAGGUUGACCAGACCGAUUUUGUGGCGAUUGAUGUGGUGGAAAACAUUCUACAGACAGCGUUCUCGAAGCUUAGUGCCGAUCAAAAAUCGCGGCUGAAAGGACGGAUUACUGACGCUGCUACGGAUAUAAAGUCAUCCGAAAUGGAGGCCAAUGUUUUCCUCGUUUUGGCACUCAAUGAAUGGAGACGUUAUAUACUUUACCGACUGAACGAAAUCCGAGUGACUUGCUGUGAAGUUGAAGCGGAACUGGUCCACUUUGAAGAGUUAUUGCAGCUAGAAACGCUGACGACUAUAUUGCAGAAGACAGAUAUCACGUUUACUUCCGAAGAUCUCUGUAUCAUCUUGCGUCGACUGUAUAUCACGGAGAAGACUCUAACAAAGUCGAGCGACAAUGAUGGUGGAGAUACUACCAGUUUGGCAUUGAAACCUGAUCCCAUGAGCGAUCGCAUAGCUGCUGCGUGCUACCCUCUUAUCGCGAAGGAGGCGAUGAGUGGACUUCAGAAACUGGCACCAAGACGCUUCGAAAUCAAACCCAGUCCUUUGCAGAGCUACGAGUUCCUAGUCAGUACGUGGGAAGAUUACCAGGAAACCUGUCGAGAAUUGCUGGAUGAACUGCGUGAGACCGGUAAAAAUAAAGAUAUCCACGCCACGGUGCAGCAUCCUUCUCCAAUGGUAAUUGGGGAUGGAGACGGUGGAGGUCUGCAUUAUUUGAGCUCGUCCAACACGGUGUCCAGUCAAGAUGCGGAUCAACUCGAGAUUGUGCACGUACGUUUCCUCGAAAGGCUUCAACAACUCACAGAAGUAUUCGACAACAACGCGCAGGAGAAAAACUCUCAUCGCGACGUAUCGCUGCACUUGAUAGAUGCGCAAGUGAACGAGACGUGGAAGAUUUUCCGACAAAUGUUUGUCGGAUUCGUAAAACUGCAAGCUGCAGCAGGUCUUGGAGACGGGCCCUUGCCUGAUCAGUGGGAUCGUCACAGCGAAUAG